AGACCUUAUUCUUAUGUACACUGUCACGGUGCAGCCUGAGUGGUGGCAGUACUAAUGUGCGCCACAGACUGCCGCAUCACCUCCUCCCGGAUGCCUUCCCCCUAGGUUUACGGGGCGGCGUGGCUCUCCAUCAAGAGGUUAGACUUAGAGAGCUUUGUAGUGGAGGGUACAUCAAUAUUGAACAUUCGAGAUCCUGGAUCACUGAUCUGUCAAAUUGCGGUGUUUGGCCCCAUCGUCCAUAACUUCCGAGAGAACACAUCAUUCUCAUGAUGGCUGUUGGACCAGAUCCCGCGCGUGGGCGAAUAUUCGAGAAUCCGUUCCAGUCUUCCUUCACUUGUUGAUGCUGAGCUACCGUUCUCAACAAUGGUGCGUAAAAUACUAUCGUCUCCGGCCACAUUAUGAUCGCUGGUGGUCGUCGUCCUCGCUCAUUGUCCCACGACCGACUAUCAAUCACUGUCACGGCACUGCCGAAAUGCGUUGUCGUCGUGGUCACACUUACGGUGCAAAAGCUGUCCAAUCUUAUCACAGCAGUACAAGAAGAUUGGUCUCACUGGCAUGGUUUUCCAACAUCCCACUGGGUUUCUUGGACAACGGGAGAAUCAUGGCUCCCCCUCACACUCGCUUCAAACCCUCAUUUCACAAUCAUUUGUCACACCUUUCCCGCCACGUGUUCAACCGUGAUGAGUCUCAGCACUCUUCGAUAAAGACUGUAAUUCCUAAACACGAGGAUGAUCCUGAUUCGUUGGAUCUACCACGGAAUAUCAGCGUAGAUGGGCCCAAUCAAGGUCUCAAGCCACCUGAAGAGCCCGAGAUCGACCGCAUAUGCACUUUAUCUGAAAACCAUCUUUCCGAGGAGCCCGCUUGUUUAGCGAUAUCAUCUUUUGAAGCUGGGAAUUUUGCAGUUGGAUUGCCGCGACAGGUUAAGGAGGUUCACGUUGCCCGACAGACUGUGAUAUUUUCCACAAGCUUUGUUAUUUAUGGGACAAUAGACUCUAUAACCUCCAAUUCUGACACCACUACAUUAUCUACCUCUCCAUCUUCUACCUCUCCAUCUUAUACCCCUACUACGUCAUCUACCAGUUUUCGAUUGUCCACGACGACCCCUCUUCAGUCGUCUCCCCAGCAGCUCUCUGCUACUCCAAGCUCGUACACAGUAUACACAAUAUUAUCAUCUCCUGGUGAUAACCCGAUAGUCGCCCCAACUUCUGGCACACCCACAACAACCGUGACAACCACAUCGCUUCAGCCUGAUCUGGCAUCUCCCACAAUUUCAUCGAACGGGACUGUUAUAGUUUCGAGCCCAUUGGCUCAACCAACAUCAGUGCCUGCCACUAAUUCAGACCCUCGAUCACCACACACGCCUGCCAUCGUAGGAGGAGUUAUCGGAGCGAUUGCGCUUCUUGUCCUCCUAUUUUUUAUUGUGGUAUGGUAUCGCAGGAAAAGACAACAGUCCGUAACACCUUUCACCCUCCCGUCAACUGUAGCAACAUCGCAGAUUAACCCAGCGGCCUGGAUCAAGUUCCAGAGCAUGGGCGAUGCCACUCGUCCAAGCAGCGGGGUCCCACUGUCUCCUCAAUAUUCCGACGCAUGCCUCGUGGAGCAUCCUGGAAACAGAUGCCCGUCCUUCGUCACAGAUCCCGUAUCAUGCCACUUGCCCAACGAUGAUGACGUCUUUGCAUCCAUCCGGAUUACCCAGCACCAACAGGCCAACGUACGAGAAAAACUAUACCCAUAUCCAUCUCGCGCCCGCACAUCAGGUCACUAUUGCCGUUCCAGUAUACAAAACUGGAUCGAGCAAGUUGUUAUGGAGGAAGAUGGUUCGCUAGAACCGAGUGAAGCGUUACCGGAGUAUCGUUCGACAAAAUCCCUGAGGAGUGGGGAAGUAGAUAAUAAU